UCUUUCCUCCCUCUUGUUUCCAAAUUUCACCACCACCCCUGCAUAUGAUAUGAAAGCCUCCACGUCUUCUUUGCCCUUUUAUUUUUCGUUCUCCUUCUCUUGAAUCUCUGCAACCCACUUGCUGUUUAGUGAAGAAGAGGCCUUCAAAGAGAGAAUUUUGAGUUAAAAGAUUGAUUUGUGCAAUUUCUCAUACAUAGGAUACGGCUUGCUCAAGCAGGAAGGAAUGAGUGCUUACAAGGCUUUUAAAGCAUGUGUGCCAAUUGAAUGGAGUGAUAAGCUGUAUAUAACCCUUGUUAGGGGUAUGCCCGGAACCAGGGAGCUCCAUAGGCGGACAUUAGAGGCGCUGCACCUCCGCAAAUGCAACCGCACGGUUGUGCGGAAAAAUACUCCUACAGUUCGUGGAAUGCUUCAGCAGGUGAAAAGAUUGGUUGCGAUUGAGACGAAGGAAAUGUACGAGGCUCGGAAACAAAGAGAGGCUAAUCAGAGAGCUCUGUGCCCACCGUUGGUUGUCAGUCAUCAUCCUGCUCCAAAGACUGAUUCCUCUCAGUAAUCUUAAGAGAUUCUUCAAGGUACCUAGCACAGUUAUUGUCUGAAAUUUCCCAAGGCACUGAUUGUGAUUCAGAUCUUUUGAUAAACAGAGGUUUCAUUUGUAGCUGAGCUUGUGUUAAAGCUGUAAUGUCCUGGAAGAUGAAUAGAAUUUGAGCUGUUGCAGAUUUGGAUUCAGGGAGCGUAGAUUGCGGAGACUUAGGCGGUUAAUGCUUUUUCAUCAGAGGUUUUUCCUUUUGGAAUGAGAUCAUUAGUUAGUGGAUUAAUGGAUUUUUGCACUCCUGUUUGUAGAAAUACUUUCAUGUUAUAUUUUAGUUCAUUGCUUGAUGUAUCUUGCUUUGAUGCAUCAACAUAUAAACAAAUCCCUGCCAUGAACUUUUACAGUUGUCUAGUUGCUAAUGGUUACUUGGCCUUUCCAUAAGCUGGUGAAAGGGCUUCUUAAGUUAAUGCUUGAUCAAAUUUCUGAGAUC